AUGCAACAGGCGAGCAGCAAGCACUGCUUCUUGGAAAUCAUUCUACUGGAAACUCUAGCCAAAGAUCUGGACCAGAAGAAUCUUCCGGGUUUGAAUCGGUGUGCAGUAUCAGUGUUGGAAACCACAGCGACCGCAGUGAAUCCCGCGGCAACUUGGGCACUGGUGCAAGAAACAUCGAAGACAGUACUUCUGGUAAGUCAAUUGACCGAUUCUUCUGUUCUUAAGAAGCUUACACUCUUAGACAUUAAUUCGAACACUCAAAAAACACCACUGGGCUUUGACCGCCACUAUACCCCUACAUGGAUCCCAUAUACACUCCGGUGGCCUUUCCUUUUCAGUCUAUCUAUUACGAUGCUUACACUGUCCUUCCUGGUCAUCCUCAUAUACUGGUACUCUUCCACCCACCAAGGGUUGACUCGCGAUAACGGCUCUUCCACCCUCUUUUUUAUAUGGCGAUUCUUGCCGUCCGUACUUGCUGUCCUAUAUACACAACUAACGGCUAUGCUUCUCAAUGACGUAAAGAGAACCGAGCCAUACGCACGACUGGCGGGACCAGGAGGUUCAACUGCAUCAUCAGGGAUACUACAAGCACCUGGUGCUUGGUGGAACGCACUAUCUGACGGCUUGUCGAAGAAGAAAAACGGUGCCUCCGGCUCCAAGGGCUGGGUGAUGGUGUGUAGUGCGUGCAUUAAUAUCCUUAGCUUCCUAACAAUCUCCCCUCUGACUUCUUCGUUACUGGAGUCGAAAACUAUGGCUGUUACGAAAGAACACGAGUUCACCCGCAUGGUGCCCAAGAAAGAUACUCCGAUCCCUAUCCAUACAGGGAGAGAUACUUACCUACGAACGAUCGGUCACAUCUUACAAAACACCUCUACCUCGGCUUGGGUAACGGAUAACUACACACUGCUUCCCUUCUGGCCUUCGGAAAUUCAAAGCAGCCCAUUGGGUCCUUCACUAUCCGCUUCACCUCAGACUUGGCACGCCGAGACACUUGUGCUGAGUACCGAACUGAACUGCGAACGUAUGUCCCUUUACGACAAGAACAUGUCCUGGAUUACAUAUCCUACUCUAAGCACCACCUAUGACACAGAAGUCUCGAGAAGUUUUGCAACAGUCAAGCUGGCAACAGAUAACGACUGCACUUAUGGCCUGGGUCUGACGACAGAUAUGGAGCUAAUCAUUGGAGGCACUACAUGGUUUAGCUUUCCAACGGCUUACUUGCCAAUUCAGUGGGGCGAAAACUCCUUCUGUUCCACAGUGGAGAGCGUUUCUCUGGAAAAUGGACCAAAUACCACAUUUUUACCUGACGUUAAUAUCUCGGCGGAAGUGUGCGAAACAGAGUACUACAUGGCGAACAUGGAAGUCACUGCAUCUUCAACAUCAGGGGAAGAAACCAAAACCAGUUUCGACAAGGACGAAUUUCGAACUAAACGGGUACCACUACCAGAUAGCCUUCUAAAUACUCAUGACCUACGAAACUUAACUCUAAAUGACGACUGGAAGAUUUACGUCCAAGGGCCUUCUCACAACUCUCGUCCUUACGCCCAGGGGCUUUCUUUUUUGCUUGCAGCUGUAUACGACUUCAACAUGACGGCCAUGGUAUCCGACAGCAACAUCGCCGCUGAAGCUGCUCGAAUAAAACAACGAUUUUUGGGCGAAGUGUUGCAAUCAUCUCUUGGCCAAAAGGACGCGUCGGAUGAAGAAAAUUUUACAGGUCACAUUACGAUGAUCGAGAAAAGAAUCACUGUGACAAAGGGAAUUGCUAUUGCAUUAGCGACACUUCUGUUUCUCUCUUUCUGUUUGUCGCUAUUCUUAUGGAAAUUGGCGGGUGUCCGGUUCAGGCCUCUAAACCUGCGGCUAGAUCCUGCAACAGUGAUAGGCACGUCAUCACUGGUUGCGCAGGAGACGGAUAUACGGCUAGGUCUACGUGACCUUGAUCAAUCCUCUCAUGCCGAGAUAAGUCAGAAAUUACUGGGAAAACAACACUUUACUCUUCCAAGCGGAUUAUAUGAAGAUUCUACCAAAUCAACCACGCCCGAUUCGUCGCGUUUAAACUCCCCUUCCAAAUCCAAAUGGAGGCCUACAGUUCUUAGAGCAUGGACUGUAGCGGCAUUGCUCCUGUUCCUCCUUGCUAUUACAACAGCAGUCAUUGUAUUGCAAAGCUUUGCAGAACGGUCUCUUCUUUAUAACACUGCUUUUGUUCACGAGUCACGCGUCCCAAUCAUCAACAGGACCAUCCCAGCUGCAUCAUAUUUCUCUAUUGCAUCGACCCUACUGGCUGUUGCGGUUGGUCUAUGGUGGGGUGCUAUAGAUGCAGUUUCCCGUCGUUUGCAGCCUUAUCUUUCUAUGGCCCAAGGACCGAAACCUAUUUCCCAAGGAGCUGGCUUAACCUACCAAUCUUCAUAUUGGCUCUGGGCAGUUUUCAAAGCAGCUUUCAAUAAGCACUGGCUUCUCGCACUAGUUACGUUGGGGACCUCGCUUUGCCCACUUCUAACAAUCUCCAUGUCCACACUGUUCCAGCUUGAACAGAACCACCUGGUCCAUUCUGCAACGAUAAACAGGAGCUUUGGGUUACGGCAACUUCCAUUUCUUUAUACCACCACUGCAAUGGAAUCAAUGGUCGACUCUGAAACAUACGCCGGUCCCACACAUACUGCAGAAAUACUAGCCCAGGUGUUCACGAACCCAACUACAAAUUGGUUAUAUAGUGCUACGAUCCAAUUGUCCCUCAACGGAUCACAGCCUCCCUGGAGCUUAGAUGGCUGGAGUUUUGUACCGCUCAAUUUAACAGGACUUUCGGACGGAAUCCAAAAUAUUGGCAACGACACUAUUGAGAAUAAUUUCCGCUUCUCUACCAAUGCCUCCUUCUCUACACCAGCUAUCAGAGGCCGGCUUGAAUGCAGUCCUUAUCAGGGCUUGGACAAUACCUCCGCAUGGAUGAGAAAGUGGGAUUUGACAAAUUCCUCGACCUGGAACCAAAGCACAGUCCCAAAAGGCGCAACGACCGGAUACGAACUUGGCACAGAAGCACAUGAUCCAUUCAGCAACAACUUCUUCGACACGUCCUUCCUCGCCAAUCCUUCACGGCCGAGAUGCUGUGUAAACGGAACGUCCGAUGGUACACCAAAAGGUCCGGCUGCCCUGGGUUACUGGUCACCCGCUGACCCCAUGACUUUCCCUUACCCGAGUGAUCCAUGGCCAAGAAAUUUCACCACGAAAUGGAUUUAUGGCAAGUUGCACUCGGCACGGAUGAGGCAUCCCGAUAGCGACUACGAACUUUCCGACAGAAAACAUUGGAUAUACACUGAGGUACCUUCGAUACAGGCUCUAAACUGCAUGCCAAUUAUCGAAACAGCUACAAGCCAUAUCACAGUAGAUCUGAAUACUGGUCAAGUGAAAUCAUUCAACAUCACGGACACACCAAUUGUCGACACUGUCGCAUGGUCGGCUGGCCUCGUUGGCCGCGAACUGCAUAGUGGACUCGUCAACGACGUGUUCAAAUCGGAAUACAAUGUGACUGCAAGCUACGGCGUCCUCUUCCUCCUGUCACUCCUCGAGGCUGCCGAUAUAAACAUGGUCGGAGGCUACGACAUAACCUUUGGUUACAUAGAGGAAAACAUAGACGACGACACAUUCAACUUCCGUGACAGGGACAACGGUUUAAACCUCGACUUUAUGACAUACUCGAUGUACAAACAAGCAAACGAAGACCCGAAAGCUCUUCUCGACGAGAAGACUAUGGAGAGCUUGGUUCAGAGAACCUUUGCGACCUUUUUCCAGCACUUCGUCAGCAGCAACAUGUCGCUAGAAACAGGGGGCUGGGCCUACCAGGCUGUCAACACCGGCUUGUCGCCGGGCUUGGCCGCCUUCUACAACGUUAGUGUCGAGGAAGGCGAGACACGCUUCCGGAAUGAGCUUCACCCGGUCCCAGACACCGACCAAACGGUUACCAUACAGAUUUCUACUCCGAUAGAACUAUUGCGUAUGAACCCUAUCGCGGUAUGGCUCAGUGUUUCAAUAAUCGGCUGGCUCAUUGCGACGGUGAUAGUUGUCGCCGCAAUACAGCGGAUCCAUCUCAAGAGGUUGAUAAGGGAUGUCGAAUGCAUAGCGGACGUUCUUGUCCUCGUUGCUGGAAGCGACAAACUCCUUCGGCUGCUUCGAGGUAGGGACUGGAAAGAUCUGGAGAGCGACGACCGUAUAAUGACCACGUUAGGCACCUUCGAGGACAGUGACGGAGAAAACCGAUGGGGUAUAGAGGUGGUUAAUGAGACUGAUGAAAACGAUGAGAGCCUGAGAAAGAGGACGAGGCGCAAGUGGUCGCUGUUUAGAAGCUGCGGGGAAGAUUGAUGUUUUGUAUUGGUAUUUAAUUAGUAGGGCGAUCUGAUCUUCCACAUU